AAUGCAAAUGCGAAUGCGAAUGCGAUUCAAUGUUAGUUGAGAAUGCGGGAGUUAGGGUUUCAGGAACGGAGGUCGUGGAGGCGUGCGGGUUUAAGAAGAGGUGGCGGUGGCGGCGGCGAUACCAGCCCUGACUCUGUCAUCUUCACUCUUGAAUCCAACUUGAGUCUCUUCUCCUCUGCUUCAGCUAGCGUCGAUCGCUGUUCCUUUGCAUCGGACGCUCACGAUCAUGACUCUUUAGCCUCCGAAAUCUCACUGCAAUUGGCAGGGCAUGAGCAGGAGGGUGAUUUUGCUCCGAGCGAGAGCUGGAGCGGUCCAGAUCCAGAUCCGGAUCUGGAUCCGAACAAGCAACAACAUGCAGAUGCAGCACACAAGAAGCAGCACCAAAGUCGUUUCUCCGGGAAGGGAGAAAAAGCAAAAGUUCAAAAGGAAGACAGUGAUGGUGACACUGAAGACGGGAAUCAACUCUUGGAAUUUGAUUCAGCAAGAAGCUCUUUCUCUCUAGCUCUCAAAGAAUGUCAGGAUCGGAGAUCAAGAUCAAGAUCUGAGGCCUUGUUCAAGAAGCAUGAUAGGCGAAGGCCUGCUUCGUUAGAUCUGAACAAUGCCAUUGCCACUGUUUCUUCUCCUCGCUUAGGAGUAAUGAAGAAGAGCAACAUUUCGACUCGAAGGUCCGGUUCUGGUUCUGGCUCUGGCUCUGGAACUUUCCCGAGUCCUGGAACGCCGAAUUAUCGCCAAGCUGGUGUUGCAAUGCAAAAGGGUUGGAGCUCUGAGCGCGUUCCUUUGCAUACAAAUGCUGCACGCAAGCAGGUUGGUGCGGCUCUGUUGCCUUUAAACAAUGGGAGAACGUUGCCUUCUAAAUGGGAAGAUGCUGAGAGGUGGAUUCUCAGUCCUGUAUCAGGCGAUGCCACUGGGAAGGCCUCACUUCCACCACCACAGAGGAGGCCAAAGUCAAAGAGUGGUCCACUUGGCCCCCCUGCUGUUGCUUAUUAUUCGUUGUAUUCCCCAGCAGGGCCAUUGUUUGAUGGGGGGAAUGCAGGGAAUUUUAUGGCAGCUUCUCCGUUUUCUGCUGCUGUUAAUAUCUCAGCUGAUGGAUUAACAAUCAGUUCCGGUGGCCAUGAUGGGUUGCUUCCGACAAGAACAGAUCCUUGGAUGGCCCGCUCAGUUAGUGUCCAUGGAUGCUCACAGAUGCAGAGUCAGUCACCAAUGCCUGCCAAAGAGAAGUUUGAUGGUUUCAAAGAUGCGGGCACCAAUGUAUCCCCUGCUGUUUCCAGGAGGGACAUGGCAACCCAGAUGAGCCCAGAGGGUAGCUCAUGCUCCUCUCCAAAUAUGAGGCCUUCUUUCUCUGCUUCCACCCCACCUACCCUGCCUGUCACAGAAUUGCUGAGUGCCUCUUUCUCUAAAAUGGAUAUCAGGGAUGUGCAGGUAGAUGAACGUGUAACCAUGACAAGAUGGUCCAAGAAACACAAGGCCCUAUUCUCUGGUAGAGGCUUAGAAAAUGUUGACAGCUGGAAAAAGAAAGAAACAAGCACUCGAUCUUCGUCUUGGGAAAUUUCUGAAAGGUCAAAGACGGUUUCAAAGGCUAAAAGAGAGGAAGCCAAAAUCACUGCAUGGGAGAACUUGCAAAAGGCAAAAGCUGAGGCAGCAAUUCGAAAACUAGAGAUGAAGUUGGAAAAGAAGAGAGCAUCCUCUAUGGAUAAGAUUAUGAACAAGCUGAGAUUUGCUCAGAAAAAAGCUCAGGAAAUGAGAAAUUCAGUUUCAGCCAACCAGGCUCAUCAAGUUGCCAGAACUUCUCACAAGGCAAUAUCAUUUCGUGGAACCAGCCAGAUGGGUUCUUUGAGUGGUUGUUUCACCUGUCAUGCCUUUUAAAGCUUCUCCAGCAUUCUUUUCUGUUCAAGUGAAGCUGGGUUUCACAUUUCAGAAGGAUUUAAGUGUGCCACAUGUUAAUGAAUGAAAGAUGGAUAAAAGAGAGAGCAGCUUACUAUGUUGACACUAAAUUGGUGUCACAGCGGUUUUGCAAUGCAUGAAAUACCAGUACCUUCCGAUCUGACAAAAUCUAAACCCCUAGUGCCCUCACCCUUGGGAGUUCGGAUUCAAUGAUAAAUAAUAUAUUUAUGUACGUAGGCUAAAUUUUAGAAAUAAUCAAGCUUUGUGUAUUUUUUUUUCUUAUCUCGUUACACGAGAGUUUGCUGUUCAAAUAUAAACUAUUAUCUAUAGUAGAACGAUGAAUUAACCAAAAAUCAUUGCAA